UCAAAAUUUCUGGUGUUUUCAACGUUCGCUCCCUAUCCGAUCUAAAACGGUCGCGUCCAAGGGCAGUCCUGUGAGGACUGUCCGGCGUUUCAGGCGUAGAUGUUGGAAAACAAUGCAUUUUAUAAAACUCAAAUUUGGAAGUAAAAACGACAGCGGCGGAAAUAACGCCGGCAAACCGGCGAACGACGCGACGAAAGAAGUCGAAGUGCCUCGCGCUGAAGACUCGAGAAAGAGCGAAAUGUCCAUUCAUAAUCAGCCAGCGUUCGGAAUGUUAAUGGUGGGCCCUAAUUUCAGGGUCGGGAAAAAAAUAGGAAACGGAAAUUUUGGCGAGUUGCGUUUGGGAAAAAAUCUGUACAAUAACGAGCACGUCGCUAUCAAGCUGGAACCGUUAAAGAGCAGGGCGCCUCAAUUGCAUUUAGAAUAUAGGUUUUAUAAAAUGCUCGGCCAACAAGAAGGGAUACCGAAGGUUUUUCAUCUGGGCACUUGUGGCGGCCGAUACAAUGCCAUGGUGAUGGAACUUUUGGGUCCAACCCUCGAGGACCUUUUCACUUUGUGCAGCAGAAGGUUUCGUUUGAAGACGGUUCUAAUGAUUGCCGACCAACUGCUGACGAGAUUGGAAUACGUGCACUCCAAGAGACUGAUCUACAGGGACAUAAAACCUGAAAAUUUCCUGAUCGGCCGGUCCAAGUCGAAAAAAGAGAAAAUUAUUCAUAUAAUCGAUUUUGGCCUAGCUAAAGAGUACAUCGACUCCGAGAGCGGAAAACAUAUACCUUAUAAAGAGCACAAAUCUUUGACAGGAACCGCGAGAUAUAUGAGCAUAAACACUCACUUGGGUAGGGAGCAAAGUCGCAGGGACGAUUUGGAAGCCAUGGGUCAUAUGCUGCUGUACUUUCUCAGAGGAUCGUUACCAUGGCAAGGUUUAAAAGCGGACACGCUUAAAGAAAGAUAUCAGAAGAUCGGAGAAACCAAGAGGGCAACCCCUAUCGAGAACCUUUGCGAGGGGCAACCCGACGAAGUUGCUGCUUACCUUAGGUACGUGAGAAAAUUGGACUUUUUCGACACACCGGACUACGAGUAUUUGAGGAAAAUGUUUAAGGAUUUGUAUGUCAAGAAAGGUUUCGCUGAUGACGGCAUUUUCGAGUGGACAGACAGAGUUUCCUGGCUUAAUACCGAAGAGAGAAGGGAGGUUCACAAGACGAAGACGUAGCGCCGCAUUUUUGAACGGUGUUUGUUUUCGAGAAUAAAGAUUAAGUUGUGGUCGCUUCUAGACUUAAAAAUGACACAGAAGCUUUCAUUCCCGUGUUCUAUUUGCGAAAUGGUAGCGACGUCUCGAGGUUUGAAAUUACGUACGUUAUAUAGUCUUAUCAAUAUCUGGUUGUACGUUUGCUAAAGGUCUCUAUAGCGCGGGACGCGAAUUUUAACACGUUUGUUAUGGGAUAAAAUAAUGA